AUGGCCCCCGCGUCCUCUUCGCGUGUGAAAGAACCCAAACUCCCCACGAUCGGCAGUUUGUACGACAAAUUAAAUUAUGGCAACCGCAUAUGCGAGCGCCGUCCCGAGCGCAAUGGCGUGCUAAAGAAUAGCAUCAGGACGUUUGAUACGAGCCAUAGCCACAAGUACCAAAAGCCUCUCUCUACCAAUGAUCUCAAUAAGAGAGUGUAUAAGGACUCCAUGUCACAGAUGGCAAGUGAUUUCUUGAAAGAGGAAGGGCCUAGACUGUGGCCAAAUGACCAUAGUGAUACCGGGCUAUAUGAGGGGACUCUUGUCUGGCCGAAGGAUAGAGUUAAAAAGUGCCUUAAUAAGCUGAAGAAUGAUAGAACGAGGAAGCGGCAGAGUGGUCAUAGGCCUCGAGGCGCAGAUUCCUCGACGAUGGAGAUUGUUGAUGAUGAACCAGAUAACACACCACUGACACCACGUCGGCGCUCCCCAAUUUCUCAACAACUUCAGCUCCCCGGAAAUAUUCAGACUACUCCACAGUCUGCCACAACGCAUCCAGCUACAAUGGAGGAGGAUGACCCUUUUGCUUCUGAAGGGGAAGAUGCCGAGGCAACUCAGAGACGUGACAGAGGUCGCCCAACACAGCCACUCCCCAGCGCUACCCCUUCAACAACCUUGAUCGCGCCAGGGAGACCUGCUAGCACGGGCCAUUCUCCAUUGGGAGCCACGUCAUCUCGUUCCGACGUAGAUGGCCGCAAUACAUCCAGCAGUCUUACAGAAGGAAAUCUCCACGCUCACAAUAGUAGUGUUCCUCCACUGAACAAUUCGCACAGUAGAGAGGUUGAUGUUAUAUCGGAUGAUGAUGGCUUUAUGCCCCCCUUGGAAGAGAUCCUUUCAAGCCCUGAUAGAGGACAGAGCAGCAGAAAGGGUAAAGAGAAGGAGGUUGAAAAGGAGAGGCGGAAAGAGAUGCCUCCUCCACGACUACCUGCUGAGCGAGCAGGUCCAGUUACGGACCCAGACCAGAGCAGUCAACAGAUCUGGCCAAGGCAAGGUACCUCGUCCAUGUCUCGGUUCCCCAGCCAGCAACGAGGGACCUCAGUCUUCUCUACGGUUGAAUGCGGUCGCGCUCCAAGUCUACGACCUCGAGCACCUGAAGCCUCUAUGGAGGGUGUGAUAGAUGAAGUAACUCGCCCUUCUGUCGAAACUGAUGACAUGCAACAUAUGAAUGAGAGUCGUGAGGGUGGAGCGACGACAAGAAAAUCGCCUUUGGAGCCGGAAAUAUGGUUUCGAGCCAUUGUCUCGCGCAAGCCUCCCGUUGAAGAGUCAUGGAAGCCCAAUGGGAAGUUCUCUGACAAAACACUUGAAGAAUUAAAGAAGGAGCUCCCGUUCAACUUUGACGACGGUGAUGUGGUGGGAUUGAAAUUUACACUGAAGAGUCAUGAAGGGAUGAGGAUAGUAGAAACAAUCGACCACAAUAACAGACACGACCUGCAGCAUCUCAAACGUGUUUUCGGAGAGAGAAUCAGAGAGGCGAUGAAAGAAAGGAUAGGGAGAGACAGAGGUCCUUUCACUUUUGAUAUGGAAAUUGAGACUGUAAAAUGUAGUCGAGAAAUGACGGUCGGUAGGGAGGAGUCAUUAGCACCACUCUUAUGGUAG